GGUUGAAAGUUAACAGAAAUCUAGAAAAAUAUUUCGGCCCAUGGUCUUUUUUAAAUAUAUCUAUUAUCAAAAUUAUAUAACGUCAUAUUGUGCUAUUUUAGGCAAGCUUUCAUAAGGGAUAAAAUUGUUUAUAGCAACCAGUGGUUAUGAGUAUAAGUCUUUGAUUCAAAUUUAUCUUGGCAAAAGAUUCCUAUCAAUGAAGUAAACCACACCCACAUAUUCCAUUAAAAUAUUAAAUAGUAAUGAUCAAUUUGCGUCAUGCGCAACGACUUUAAUAAGAAUCUCUCCAAAGUUUAAUUAAUUUGUUUGAAGAAAAUUGUUGAGUGGGUUACAGCAGAAAAAUUUUCUUCACGAAAAAGGUGCUUCUUUUAAGUAUGUUCAUACCAUACUUUGUUAAAGAAUUACAUUUUUUAUCUACAGUACCUUAUAGAAACCUACGCAUGAGUCUAGAACGAUUAAAUUUAGAGGAGUUAUAUGAGUGGGUGAGGGUGGAAGCUAAAACUGGCGCCCACUAUUAUCUUAAGGUCUGACUCUCCCAGAAAUGUCUUCAACUCGCUGUAGGGAAGUAUCUUUAUAAUUAAUGCAUAUUUCACCAAUAUCGUGCUAACAGUACAUAAAGAAUCAAAUUAGUUAAAAAUUGGUCGAGCCCUAGCAUAAAUCUACCCAAAGAUUUAUUUGGAAAUGUGAGGUUAAUGAUUCAUAAGAUAACAUUAGAUGCAUAAUACUUUUUUGCUCAGCCUUUAAUGGUGUAGAAUAGUCAUGGGGAUGAGGUUGAUCAACACACAACAUGUGGAAUGAAGUGUAAUUGCACGGUAAUGAAGCAUUUGAUAACCUAACGGGAUAUCUAACUACCAACAUGUUCUUUCUCAGCAAAAACAUACGAAUAUGUUUCUUCUCAUUGUUUCAUUUUCUUUUUUAUUGCAGCGUAUACGAUUACACCAAUUACGGAAAGUUGUUUUUAGGGAAAAACAGAUGAGGUUAAGUGGUUUAAUUAUAUAUCUAGAAUUGGAAAUACUUAUUGAUAGAUAUUUCAAGUAGAAGUGCUUUCGUCGGAAUUUUUCUUUAUCGUGUUUUUUCUUCACCUGAAUUUCAAUUGUAUCAACACGCCGAUAAAACACAGCUGUGUUUUGCACACAAACGAGAGAAAACAACAACAUAGGGAAUCUUAUCACCAAUAAACACAAAACUUUUCUAUACAAUCUGUUGGAAAAGUUGUCUGAUUUUUCUGCCAAAUAUUGUCUUUGUGUAUUAAGAGCUUCCUUUACAAGUGUCACGGUACUAGUAUGGAUUUAAAUAUGCCUUUAAAAGGACUUAUAAGUAUAUGAGGGAAGGAAGCUAACACUAUCAAUCAUAUUUCGAAAUACAAAAUAAUUGAAAUGUUACCAGCCGUUAAUAAUUACGAACUUACUUUUCUGUAACAAAAAUGUCUAAAGUUCUUUUAUAAAACAAUUUUUCCUCAAGGACUUAUAUUGAGCAUUUAGAAUUAUGAAAAAAAAUUAUAAUUUUUACACUCCUUCGCAGAAGCUGCACAAGGCUACUAUUUUAUUUGUCGAGAUAAAUUAAUAACCUAAAUAAUGCCAGUCUUCGAAAAGUCCUCCCCCUAUGAAUAUCCAGUCUCAACAUUUGACAAACGAAAAAGUCAAGUUUGGAAAAAGAAAAAAAAAAGCUUAAUUAUAAAUACUAAUAACAAUAACGACAAAACAACAAAAGUAAGAUUAGAUCUAAUCUGAGAUAACAAAAAAAAUUUUUUGACAUGAACAGCUGAAGAGAAUAAAAACGUACAUUCUUUUUAUUACAAUAUUCUUCUUUCUUAUACAUAUAUAUUAAUAUCAUUCAGUUAAUGUUUCUCAGUGUAGAUUUUUUUACUUCGCUUCAGGGCAGGACUUUGAGUUGAACAUGGUAGCUGUACUUAGAGGAACCAUCUUUGUACUGGCAUUUUUACUCGUUGUAAAGCAGAGUCAUCACACGUCCACAAAAAAUAAUACUCAGUUAAACGAGACGAGAACAAAAACAGACACAAAGCGUUUAUCCAUUAGAGAUCGGUUUUGCAAUGCACAAGACGGUCCUAACAAGUAUAAUAUGGCUGCAUUUGUCUCAUUGAUGGUUUUUAUACCAGUCACAAUCUUUGGAAAUGUCCUUGUUUGUGGUGUCAUUCUUUUAUCUCCUGUCUUGUUAAAGCAAACGACAUUUAUGUUUCUACUCUCUCUCGCCAUCGCUGACACAUUAAUUGGCGCUGUAUCCAUGCCCCUUAAAGCAAAAAUGAGCUGGGACAACAACUUUUUCUGCCUUCCUACCUUCAUGUGUUGGUUCACCAUAUUGGAAGAAACAAUGUUGUCGCUUUUAUCUCUUAGCCACCUGUUCGUCAUCGCAGUUGAUCGAUACCUUUCGUUAAAAUACGUUUAUCAAUAUAAUGUGAUUAUGACCCGAAAGAGAAUUUCCAUAGCUAUAGUUUUUACUUGGAUUUUUGCCUUUGUUGUAUGCCUUCUUCAAAUAUUUAAAUGGGAGCAACCAAGUGGGGUUAGUAUAGAACAUCAAUACGAAGCCAUUUGUGCAAUCAAAAACUAUAAUUACUUCACAACACUGUAUACAUUGUUUUUUUUUCUUCCAACUUUAGUCAUGCUAUAUGCAUAUGUAUACAUAUACAAAACAGCUGUCCGUCAUAUAAAGGAAAUUGCAAGGAUAAAUGUACAGGAUUCAAGAAGAACCAAAGAGGUACGCCGCAAGAAACAAGAAUUUCGAACAAUGAUUUCAGUUAUUAUCGUGUUCAUCGUGUUUUUUAUUUGUUGGUUUCCUUGUGUCAUUUUCUACAUAGUCAUAAAUUACAUCGAGCCAGAGUUUUGGAUUAGAUCUAGAGAAGAAAUGUGGUUCAGGACGUUAUAUUUCGUUUUAGUUACAUUUCUGCCACCUUUAAAUUCGACGACGAAUCCUUUUAUUUAUGUUAUUAUAAACAAACAAUUCCGCAGGUCCUUUAUGCAGAUCGUCUUAAAACUGACUGGUCGAAAUUCACCACAUAUUAUUAAUAACUCAAGUUUUAUUUCAAAGACAAGCUUCAAUGGUAAGAGCAAAAGUACUAUAAGACAUCACACUAUAUCAUCAACAAAUUUGGUCCUACCUCAAAUUAUGGUGAGUAAUGGUGAAAUGUGUCAAAGUGAUGGCUCCACCCCAUGUAGUGAACAAGCAAAUUCCACAAACUUUCCAAAUGAACUUUUCUUAUUGGAACAUAAUUAUGCAUUACCCCGCUUGGAAAAUGUUGAAGAUGUUGAGCAUGCUAAAAGGCAAAGACAACAUCAUCUUGAAAUUGUACGACGAAGGAGGGCCAAUGAAUCUUUGCAACAGGCCCAGCAGCGUAGAGCAGCAGAUGCUCUACGCCAAAAUGCAAGACGAGCAGUAGAAAAUGUUGCAGAUGCAAAUGCACGACAGCAUGCUGAUGCACAACGUCAUCGUGCGAAUAGAGAAAAUGAAUUACCUCAGCAAGCUGCAGUAAGACGCAGGGCAGAUGUUUUGCGUCAUCGAGUAGCUAGGGCUCCACGUUUACUAAAUUUUGCUAGGAUUAACAAUGUUUUACCUCCUACACAUUCUGCAGGUGAGUUUAAUAUAGUAUGUCAGCAUUGUGGAGCUAUUAAAUUUAAUAAUGAAAAUCAUUUUAAGUGUUGUCACAAUGGCAAAGUGGCCCUGCGUGCCAUAUUACAAUUUCCUGCUGAAAUACGUGAAUUGUUAAGCAACGACUCUGCCCAAGCUAAACAGUUUCGCAAGUAUAUCAGAGUAUACAAUAAUGCUUUUAGUUUUGCUUCUUUGUUAGCAAACAUUCGACCACCGCCAGGUCGUGGACCACCCUGUUUUAGAAUAUGUGGUCAAUUAUUUCACAGGUAUGGUGCUUUAUUACCUGCUCAGAAUGAACUACCUAAUUUUAGCCAAUUGUAUAUUGUAGAAGCUGCAGCUGCCUUAAACAUGCGUAUUGAGAAUCCAACACAUGCUCAUUGUAAUCGCGAAACAAUGCAGAUAAUUCAAGAUGUUCUUAACAGAGAUUCUCCAUAUGCUGCAGCUUAUAGCAAUAUGGCUGAAGUGGAACGUGAAGAAACAGCCAGAGUAGCUGCGGAAAACAGACAGCCUUCUGUUGUAAGUAUGGUAAUGCGAGAGGGUAAUGAUCGCAGAAGGUAUAAUGCCCCCUUGCAUCAGGAAGUUGCUGCCAUCUUUGUUGGUAAUAAUGGUGCACCUCCUGCUGCAAGGGAUAUUGUUGUUUAUCCACGUAAUCAACCUUUGCGACAAAUCCCUUAUACAUCAUGCAAUAUUGAUCCUAUGAUGUAUCCCAUUUUAUUUCCACGUGGUGAGCCGGGUUGGGACCCAAACAUGGCCCAUGUCAGGGAGCAUGCAACUGGAGUUAGAAAUAGGCUAACCCAGUUGGAAUAUUAUAUUUACCGCAUUGCUAUUAGGCGAGAAUUCUCUGCCCUUCAUCUAGCAGGUAAAUUGUUUCAGCAAUUUUUAGUAGAUGCAUAUGUUAAAGUUGAAGGUCAACGGCUUGCAUUUAUUCGCCUAAAUCAAAACCAGCUUCGAGCAGAGUCCUACCAAGGACUUCUGGAUUACCUCCAAAAUGCAACAGAAACACGAAAUGCGAUAUGUAAAAGAUGGGCGACAGAAAAAGCUUGCUUACUGUUUUUGCCAGAAUGGGAUUGCGAUAGGCUGUAUACUUUGCUUUUAUUUGAAGGGCACCGCAGUAUAAUAAAAAUUUCACAAAUAUGCAGCGUGAAAUGUGAAACUAUAUGCAAAGUUUUCAGAGGCAGGAUGUCAGAGGUAAAAAAAUCUCAAAUAUUUAUUAUUCUUUUAUUCAACCUGUGCCCUGUUUUGUCUCAAAGUGAAGAUUAUAACUCUCGGAAAAUCCAUCAACACUCUGAUUUACAAACAUCUACACCGUUCAACAAUUUUACAGUACCUAAACAGCCAGUCAAACCAAAUUAUCAAAACUUUUGUCAAAAACAGCACAAACCAAAGGAUUUCAAUUUGAUUGGAUUUAUAUACUUAAUGGUUUUAAUUCCUACGACGAUCGUUGGAAAUAUUUUAGUCGUUAUUGUUGUGCGUAUGUCUCCCAACCUACGAAAACAAACAACAUACAUCUUCCUCUCUUCCUUGGCUGUUGCCGACGCUUUGAUCGGAGCGAUAACACUGGUAUUAAAAGCGAGAAUUACGUGGGAUAAUGGACUGUUCUGCCUUCCUACUUUCAUGUGUUGGUUUACCAUAUUGGUAGAAACAAUGUUGUCGCUGUCAUCUGUUACUCACCUGUUUGUCAUUGCAAUUGAUCGAUACUUUUCGUUAAAAUACGUAUAUCGAUAUAAUGUUGUUAUGACUCGGAAGAGAAUUUUUAUGGUCGUAGCUUUUGUUUGGAUCUUCUCUUUUCUUACGGCUGUUCUUGGAAUAUUUAAGUGGGAUCAACCAAAUAAGCUUAGCAUAAAACAUCAAAAAGAAAUUGUAUGUGGCAUUUCUAACCGAGAAUAUUUUACCACCGUCUACGUAUGUUCCUUUAUUAUCCCAACAAUUUUAAUGGUAUAUAUGUAUACAUAUAUAUACAGGACAGCUCUUAGACAUAUAUCAGAGAUUUUGAAAGUCGAGGUACAUCGCACAGUUUCUGUCAAGGCACGACAGCUUAAAGAAAAGCAAACUCGAACUUUGCGUUCAGUAAUUAUUGUAUUUGUUGUGUUUAUAACUUGCUGGUUGCCAUGCAUUACCUUUACGAUCAUUACAACUUACAUUAAUGUCGCCUAUUGGAAAAGAAUGAGCAAGACAAAGUGGGUACAGAUUAUAUAUUUCAUAGUAACGCUUACGUUACCGUCGUUUAACUCGGCAACAAAUCCAUUUAUUUACGUUAUCUCGAACAAGCAAUUUCGUUCAGAUUUUAAAAGAAUGAUUGGUCGAUCUAAAGGCAGUGAGGAAGACUCUUACAUAAUGGCAACGUUAGGGAUAAAGUCAUUGGUUGUUUUGUCUUCUAACACACCAAUGGAUUCACAAAAACAGGAAAAAUUUCCCAACCGUUAUAUUGUAAGGAAUGGCAGUGAGGAUUUUAUGUUCCCAUCGAUAGAUACAGAAAAUCAAACCAAAAAAAGAUUUAAGUAAGAAUAACGUAACGCUAAAGAAAACUACAUUAUUAUUGUGUUAAACUUUGCAGCGGAACUAAAAAAACACUUGUAGAGUAUUAUUUUUUGGUGUAAUAUUACAUAUCUUACAUUUGUAUCGUUAAGAUGAGAGCGUACAUUCCCGAAGUGGGAGAUAUGCAAUAUAAGUUGUUCAUUUCGGUCUUAGGGACCCAGAAUAGAAUUCCAUGUUCUAAUGCAGCCGUUCUCCCGGGCUAAACGACAUUGGCCGUAAAUCCACCCAUUCCAGUAGCAUCCUCUGCAAGUAUGGAUCUGAAGAAGGUCACUAUUUCCCUUCCCAACCAACUAGGUUAUAUUAUAAAUUUCCGAUGACGUCAAAUUUUAUUUCGAAGGAUGACGUUAUAUUAUCAAGUAUAUGACAAUUGUCAGUCUUCAUAGAUUGUAUAAUCGUGCUAGACUUCUGGAUUUGUGCUAAACGUAAUUCGUGUGAUUUCUUGUUUAAUUGAGAAAUUACUUGUGUGCCGUAAACUUAGUGAGUUUCACAGAAAAAUGGAAGAGGUUGAUUUUCGCUGCCUGCUUGUAAAAGAAGGUUUGAAAGCCGAAGAAUCAAGAGAAUGCUUUUUGUUGAGACAAGAAGUGGAAGCCUUAGUGCAACAUAUUCAAAUGCUGGAAAAAACCUAUCAUAUAGAGAGAGAAGAUGCUACUUACAGCUACCUUUUGGAACGUGAAAAGAAUACAGGUUAGAGAAGAGAAUUAAAAUGCUGGAAGCUGAAGUAGCAGACGUUAAUGACGAACUCUCCCAAAGUAAAACUUUUUGUAGAAGUUUAGCAGAUGCUCUGCACAAAUGUGAGAAGGAAAGAGAUGAAUUGAAAUUUCAAUCUGAUAAAGUUAAAUAUGAAAGAUCCCUCUUGCCGUUAGAUACUGCUAAAUUGAAAACAUCAACGGAGAAGGUGGAGGAGACAUUUGCACG